AAAGACAGUACGUAAAUUGUCACUUAUUGAAAUAAUUAAUUUCAGAUAUCUCCCAUUAAAAGAACUGAAUCACCCAACAAAGCAUCACCAUCAAAAAAACUCUGCAUGUCGCCUGAAAUUUCCCGUGAAGCUGAAGUUAAACCCCAGGUCGUUCAACAGGCAGUUAAAAAAUUGAACUUUGAAGAAAAUGCAUUUGACACUCAGAUAGAACCCCUUUUGAAAGAAAAUCCACGUCGUUUUGUUGUUUUUCCGAUAGAAUGGCCGGAUAUCUGGGCUAUGUACAAGAAAGCUGAGGCGUCUUUUUGGACUGUAGAGGAAAUUGACUUGUCUAAAGAUAUAGAUCAUUGGGUAAAAUUAACAGACGAUGAACGUAAAUUUAUUUCACACAUUCUCGCUUUUUUCGCUGCUUCUGAUGGUAUAGUAAAUGAAAAUCUCGUGGAAAAAUUCAGCCAAGAAGUGCAGGUCACCGAAGCUCGUUGUUUUUACGGUUUUCAAAUAGCAAUUGAAAAUGUUCACUCUGAAAUGUAUUCUUUGCUGAUUGACACCUACAUAAAGAAUGACAAAGAACGAGAAUACCUGUUCAAUGCGAUCGAGACUCUUCCAUGUGUUGCCAAGAAAGCUGAAUGGGCAUUAAAUUGGAUAAGUAAUGACAAAGCGACUUUUGCUGAAAGAGUAAUAGCUUUUGCAGCUGUCGAAGGCAUUUUCUUCAGCGGAAGUUUCGCCUCUAUAUUCUGGUUAAAAAAGAGAGGGCUUAUGCCUGGACUGACGUUCAGUAAUGAAUUAAUAUCCCGUGACGAAGGAUUACACUGCGAUUUUGCUUGCUUGAUGUUCAAACACAUAGUUCAAAAGCCAUCAAAGCAACGUGUUACUAACAUUAUCAAGGACGCCGUAAAAAUAGAGCAAGAAUUUUUAACAGUCGCUCUACCAUGUCAAAUGAUUGGCAUGAACUGUGACCUCAUGUGUCGUUAUAUUGAGUUCGUUGCUGAUCGACUUCUCCUUGAGCUUGGUUGUGAAAAGGUUUAUAACUCAGAAAAUCCCUUCGAUUUUAUGGAACACAUUUCCCUUGACGGCAAGACAAACUUUUUUGAGAAAAAAGUGGGCGAAUAUCAGAAGUUUGGUGUCAUGCCAUCUGAUUCGACUCAAUUCACUCUUGAGUGCAAUUUCUAA